AGAUUCAAUGUAACCUCAAAUUUGGAUGCUUAAAAACAGUAAGCAUUAAUUUAAUAACUUCAAGAUUAGCUAAAAGAAUAAUAAUAACUCAUAGCUGAUUAUUUUCAUAAAAUUAAAGUACAUAUUUUAUAAUAAGAAGCAAUACGAAUAAUAAAAUCAAUGCAAACAAUUAAAUGAUUUUAUACUUAAAAAAAGAAAAAAUAAAAAUUAACAACCUGUUUUCAAUUUAGAGUUAGUAAAGAGAAAACUCACUCUUGAUAUCUGUAGAUCUAGAGAUGAGAGUGCUUAUUCUACGAUUGAACCUCGCAUUCAUUCAAAAACAGUUUAAUAUAAAUAUUGAUUAUUUCUAUUUUUUAAUUAAUGAGAUCAAGAUCUAAUUUAAGCUCAUGAAGAUAUUAUCAUUAAAGGCCUAUAACAAGUGUUCUAUUAAACCAAAUACAGGCAAGAGAAAUUCUCAAUAAACCUAAUGGAAUUGA